CUUCUCCGGGCGCAUGCGCAGCGGGGCCGUGGGUGUGCGCGGCGUACGGCACCGCGCCAGUCCUGCUGACAUGGGCUGUUCGUCGCAGCUGCUGUUCCUGCUGUCACUCCUGGUCAGCGCGUGGCUCAGGCUAGUGUCUCACUCUGUCGCCCAGGAUGGAGUGCAAUGGCGCAAUCUCAGCUUACUGCCACCUCUGCCUCCCAGGUUCAAGCGAUUCUCCUGCCUCAUGCCUCAGCCUCCCAAGUAGCUGUGACUACAGGAAAUGGCCAGGCUACUAGCAUGGUCCAACUGCCAGGUGGGAGAUUCCUGAUGGGAACAAAUUCUCCAGACAGCAGAGAUGGCGAAGGGCCUGUGCGGGAGGUGACAGUGAAACCCUUUGCCAUUGACAUAUUUCCUGUCACCAACAAAGAGUUCAGGGAUUUUAUCAGGGAGAAAAAGUAUCGGACAGAGGCUGAGAUGUUUGGAUGGAGCUUCGUCUUUGAGGGCUUUGUCUCCGAUGAGCUGAGAAACAAAGCCACCCAGCCCAUGAAGCCUGUACUCUGGUGGCUUCCAGUGGAAAAGGCAUUUUGGAGGCAGAGGCCGACGGGAAUAUCAGGAAAUCGCUCAGCCGUCCUGUUUUCGCUGCCCGAAUCCUGUUUCCUGCUACCCGUCCAUUUCUCCCUGCCGUCUCCCGUAGUCUCUCUUCUGGCUCCGGAUGCCCCUCACUUGCCCGGCUCUCUUCCAGCUCCCCUACUCCAUCUACUGCCUGCAGGUCCUGGCUCUGGCAUCCGAGAGAGACUGGAGCACCCAGUGUUACACGUGAGCUGGAAUGAUGCCCGUGCCUACUGUGCUUGGCGGGGAAAACGGCUGCCCACCGAGGAAGAGUGGGAGUUUGCUGCCCGAGGGGGCUUGAAGGGUCAGGUUUACCCAUGGGGGAACCGGUUCCAGCCAAACCGCACCAACCUGUGGCAGGGAAAAUUCCCCAAAGGGGACAAGGCUGAGGACGGCUUCCAUGGAGUCUCCCCAGUGAAUGCUUUCCCUGCCCAGAACAGCUACGGGCUCUAUGACCUCCUGGGCAAUGUGUGGGAGUGGACAGCAUCUCCAUACCAGGCCGCUGAGCAGGACAUGCGCGUCCUUCGGGGGGCAUCCUGGAUCGACACAGCUGAUGGCUCUGCCAAUCACCGGGCCCGGGUCACCACCAGGAUGGGCAAUACUCCAGAUUCAGCCUCAGACAACCUGGGCUUCCGCUGUGCAGCAGACACAGGCCGGCCGCCGGGGGAGCUGUGAGCAGCCGGGCGGUGACAAGGAGAAAAGCCCUUCGGGGUCACUGUCAUUCUCUGGCCAUGUUGCAAACACAGCCCAGGUCCACGCUCAGGAGCCUCAGCCUCGGGAAGAAACUUCCCCUUUCCUGUCUCCCAUCCCUCUGUGGCAGGAGAGGACUCAGCCUGCUGUGUCUUGGAGCGGGGGCCUAAUGUGUUGAUGGUGGCUGGGAGCUCGGUGUUUCUCUUUGAAGCCGAGUAUCGACACGGGGGUAAACACGGAAACAGUUGAACAGAA